AUGGCGCACGCCGUCGCGCCCCAUCUCCACCACCACCAGGACCACCUACCACUGCCGCUGCUACGAACGCGCAAGCUGGCCUGCUCGAAGGAGCCCGAUGGCUGCUCUCGGUGCCGCAAAGAAGGCAUCCUCUGCGUCUAUUCGGCGCAGAAGCCCAUGGGCAGACCACGGAAGCGCCGCCAUAUGGAGGAUGCCGAAGAGCAGCCAUUGACGACCCAGCCAGAGAUGGCCAGCCUGCAAGACUCGUUGAGACCAUCAUCACAUGUUCAGCCUGAUUCGCUACCGGUAAGCAGCGACCUGGACUUGGACUUUGCGUCCUUCUACCAUGGCGACAAUGACUACCUCGUCAACACGGACAUGUCGACGAUGGACUUUUUCGCUCCCGUCGGCGGCAUCCCCUCCAUGGCUCCCGACUUUGCUAGCUUUGCCAUGCCGUACUCGGAACCUCAACUGGCCGCCAGCGGCUUGCAGUUCGGCGGCGUUGACCUGUUAGGUGGCAUCAACUUCGAUGACAAGGACCCGGCUAACAAACAGGUGUCCGAAGAUAUCACUACUGACAUGAACUACAUCUACUCCAAAGCGCCUGUACGGUUCGCCAAAGAUCAACCCGCACCGGCGCAUGACCUUGCGUCGGCACCCCAAGCAGCAACGUCCCAUCAAGUGUCAUUUCCCUACUCCUCUCAACACCAGAACCAGACGCCGAACCCGGAGUCGUCCGAUGCUUCGACUUCAUCAGCUACAACACCGGCCUCCUCGCCCAACUCCGACGUCAGCCCCAAGCCUGCCCACAAAUCCAUACCCCACAUCAACUGCGCCUGUCUUUCCCAGAUCUAUCUCUCGCUUGACUCGCUGUCGAGACUCCCCGAUGACAUUGGCGCAGCGAUGCGCGCUGCCCGCAACGCCGCCAAGACGGCUCACAAUCUCAUCACAUGCCCGACGUGCAGCACCCCAUACAUCGACGACCCGUCUAGGCAGGCGCCGAUGCAGGCCUUUCAGAACACCAUGCUCCUCGGCAUGCUGAUUCCGACCGUCGUCAAUGCCUACGUGCGCAUCCUCGAGCUCGUCGACGAGGUCACCGCCGAGGCCAAGGCGAAGGGCCAGACGCUGCUCUUCCGCUUCGUCGAGUACGGCGGCCUCUGGGGCGAGCUCGAGGCGAUUGACAAGUUCACGUGCCGCACGGUCGAGACGUACGACAACAAGGAAAUGGAGCCGGACAAGUGGCGCAUGACGAUUCGGGCGGUGCUCAAGAUUGACAUUUACGGCUUUGACGUCGACUGCUCGUCCGUGCUCGACGGGUCGCGCGUCACGCACCGCCACCUUGGGCUCAAGGACGUCAUUGGCCUCAUGGAGGAGAGGUCGAACCACCGGCACGAUCAGAUCGAUGCCAUGGUCGCCGCGGGCCUGCCGCACCCGAUGCAGGGGAACCCGCUGCUGCCGAACAAUCACCGGCCGACGGGCAGCAAGGACGAUCGCAACUGUCUGAAGAUUGUGGAGAUGGCGAGGACGGCCUUGGACAAUCUGGUGAUUGCGUAA